GCCAGGUUUGAGUUUGUUAUCGUUCAGACAGAUUUUUGUUUCGACGUGUAAGUUCGUUAUCUCAAAGGUCUGUGGUAUGGUACAGAUAAUAAACUAAUGACAGAUCUGUAUUCUAUGCACAAUCACAAUCCAAUCGCGAAUAUCAAAUGUAUUCUGAAUAAAAAUAAAAUAAAAUACACUGAAAAGUGCAAUUUAAAUUUUAAUAUUCCAAUCUUCGACUUUGGUAUAUGUAUGUACAAAUUUUUAAAUAUCAUUGCAGUAUCGAUAAAAAUAGUAAUGAAAAGACACUUUUUAGCUGCAAUUACUGUUUUAGUCCUAUUGUAUUUUGGUGACUGCUCCAUACAUCAGAAUUUAAAAUAUUAUGAGACGUUACAUGCAUCGAAGUUUACCCAUCACAUAGUGAAGCGAGGUGCUAAACUCUCCAAGCAUCCCUUUAACACAAUAAAAGAACUACAUUUCCAGACUCAUGGAAAGAGUUUCAGGCUUAUACUUCACCCGCACAAUUCAGUACUGCAUUCCAACUUCAAAGCUUAUUCUGUGGAUGGUGAUGGGAACAAAACUGUAGUACAUAUUGAUUAUGAUCAUUAUUACACUGGCCGAGUGUUUGGUGAGUCUCUGUCUGAUGUGAAGCUUCAUAUUGAAGAUGGUGUCAUCACUGGCAUAAUUCACACUCCUGAUGAAACUUUUCACAUUGAGCCAUCAUGGAGACACUUACCACAUCUUGGUGAUAAAACUAUGAUAACCUAUCGCUCUUCAGAUAUAAAGCUAAGCUGGUCUGGUACAGAGAACUACAAUCCUCGGGUGUGUGGCUAUGUUAAGGAAGGAGAGGAGUUAAAAGAAGAUGGCGAAGAUGAUUACAAUGAUUCUUUAGAAUCAAGGCACAAACAGUCUGAGAAGAAUAAAUAUUUAGGCCAGCUACAAGAAAACGGACAUAAUAUUGAAAAAUUAGAUAUCCGAACUGAUAAAGAGUUAAAACAAGGAAAAAGAGUUAAAAGACAGAGUGACUAUGAGUAUACGCCCACAAAGACACGUUGCCCACUGCUACUUGUGGCUGAUUAUAGAUUUUUUCAAGAAAUGGGUGCAAGUAAUACUAAAAGCACAAUCAGUUAUUUGAUCAGCCUAAUUGAUAGAGUUCAUAAAAUUUACAACGACACAGUAUGGCAAGAUCGUCAAGACGCGGAUGGGUUCAAGGGCAUGGGUUUCGUAAUCAAGAAGAUAUUGGUCCACUCGGAACCCACUCGCGUGCGCGGCGGUGAGGCGCACUACAAUAUGGUGCGCGAGAAGUGGGACGUUCGCAACCUGCUCGAGGUAUUUAGCCGCGAGUAUUCGCACAAAGACUUCUGCCUGGCGCACUUGUUUACGGACCUCAAGUUUGAGGGUGGUAUCCUCGGCUUAGCAUACGUUGGCUCCCCGAGACGGAACUCCGUUGGCGGAAUUUGCACUCCAGAGUACUUUAAGAACGGAUACACUCUGUACUUGAACUCGGGACUGUCGUCGUCGAGGAACCACUACGGUCAGCGCGUCAUCACACGCGAGGCCGACCUCGUCACGGCGCACGAGUUCGGGCACAACUGGGGCUCGGAACACGACCCUGACGUCGCCGAGUGCUCGCCCGCCGCCAGCCACGGCGGCUCCUACCUCAUGUACACCUACAGCGUCAGCGGGUAUGACGUCAACAACAAGCGUUUUUCGCCGUGCAGUUUGCGCUCGAUCCGCAAGGUGCUGCAGGCUAAGUCAGGCCGAUGCUUCUCCGAGCCCGAAGAGAGCUUCUGCGGCAACCUGCGUGUUGAGGGAGGCGAGGAGUGCGACGCAGGGUUAUUGGGUACUGAGGAUAACGAUAUGUGCUGCGAUAAAAAUUGUAAGCUACGGAAAAACCAAGGCGCUGUCUGCAGUGACAAGAACUCGCCUUGCUGUGCGGGCUGCGUGUUCGCGGCGCCGGGCGUGGUGUGUCGCGAGGCAGCGCACUCCGCGUGCGAGGGCGAGGCAACGUGCAACGGCGCCUCGGCCGACUGCCCCAAGGCGCCGGCCAUCGCAGACGAGCACGAGUGCGCAGAGCGCGGGCGCUGUCGGAACGGCUCGUGCGUGCCGUACUGCGAGACGCAGGGCCUACACAGCUGCAUGUGCGAUAUAGUUGCGGAUGCCUGCAAACGUUGCUGCCGGAAAAGUUUGAACAAAACAUGCUUCCCUGUUGCACAUAACGACAUCUUGCCUGACGGGACGCCUUGUAUUCAAGGCUUUUGCAAUAAGGGAGUUUGUGAGAAAACAAUACAAGACGUAGUCGAGCGGUUCUGGGAUAUAAUCGAGGACAUCAAUAUAAACAACGUGCUGGGUUUUCUGCGCGACAAUAUCGUUGGCGUUGUCGUGCUUUCAACCGCCUUCAUCUGGAUACCUGCCAGUUGCGUGAUAAGUUAUGUGGAUCGGCGGCGACAGCGUCAGCACCACAAGUAUAUGGAGUGGGAGCGACAACGUGACACCUUCGUGCACCCCUCGUCGCCGCGCAAGAUUAUACACACUCGAUUACCAAAACUAAAGCCUCCUGGGAUGAAAACGGUCAUUCAAGGAACUAGUCAAAUAUAGUUUUCAAUCAGUAUUGAGUAUUUUUACUUUAAAAUAAUUGUCGAAUAUUAAGUUUAAUCAUAUAAAAAUAGGGCCCAGGAUUAAUAUUUUCUCAUAAUUCGGACACUAGAAUAACGUUCGCAACAUUGUCGCAUUGAGGUAUAGUACAAAUCUACUGCCGAUUAAAAAAAAAUAGAUUUCUAUUCAAUAAAACUAUAAUAAUA